UCGAUCAGCCCAGCCCCAGCCUUGUCUCAGGAGAACAGAGAAAGUGAAGCAUCCGAGCAGACACACACACACACACACACACAUGCACAGCGAGUCUACUAUGGAGCGCACUCUUCUGCUGUGGAUGCUUCUCACCGUCACAUGUGAGAGCACGUCAUCAAACCCAGAGCAGUACAGCAGCGCAGUGGACUGGUUGGGUAGAUACGGUUACCUGCCUCCUCCUGACCCGCGCACCAGUAAACUGCAGACCAUGGAGGGCAUUGAGAGAGCCAUCAGGGUCAUGCAGAGAUUCGGAGGGAUCCAGGAAACUGGAGUGAUCGACAGUGAAACCCUCAAACUCAUGUCCACACCACGCUGCUCCCUGCCUGACAUCGUCGGGAGUGAGGACAUGCUGAAGAAGAGGAGGAGGAGGAGGAAGAGAUAUGCGCUGUCCGGCCUCAAGUGGCAUAAGACCGAGCUGACAUGGAGUCUCCACAACUUCCCGUCACCCUCCCGCUCUCCAACCCUGACUCAUGAAUUGGUGGAGGGGAUCCUGACUCACGCCUUCAAAGCCUGGAGUGACGCAGCCCCCCUGAGUUUUCGUCGGCAGCAGAGUGACAGCGGCGGAGGUGACAUCAGAGUGUCUUUCUUCCAUUUCCUGCAUGAUGAUGGAUACCCAUUUGACGGGAGGGGGGGCACCCUGGCCCACGCCUUCUUCCCUGGCAGGGAUGAAGUGGCUGGAGACACACACUUUGAUGAUCAUGAGACCUGGAGCUAUGGAGGUGACGGCGGCAGCACGGACUUGUUCACAGUUGCAGUGCAUGAGUUUGGUCAUGCGCUGGGUUUGUCCCAUUCCUCCACUGACCCGUCCAUCAUGAGGCCGUACUAUCAGGGUCCUGUGGAGAGCAUUCACAACUUCCAGCUGGACCUGGACGACAGGCUGGCCAUCCAGCAGCUCUACGGUGUGAAGAGCAAUGGGCUGCCGGGAGGUGUGGAUCCUGACCUCCCAGUCCUGCCAAGUCCUGCUCCCCCUAAACCGACACAGCCAUCUGAGCCCUCCUUCCCAAAGCGCUGUCAGGGAGGAUUUGAUGCAGUGGCAAACAUCAGGGGUGAGGUCUUCUUCUUUAAAGGUGCAUAUUUUUGGAGAACGAGACGCGAUGGGUCUCUACUGUCACUCAAUCCGGCUGAGAUCAAAAACUUCUGGACUGGACUUCCAGCAGGAACAGACAAGAUCGAUGCAGUGUACGAGAGGAGAAGCGACAGCAGCAUCGUCUUCUUCAUAGGAUCUCAGUACUGGGUCUUCAAGGACACAGCGGCCAUGUCCGGUUACCCCCGGCCUCUGUCUGAAUGGGGCAUGAUCAGAAAGAGCGGGGCUGUGGUGGACAGGGUGGACGCAGCCUUUAUCUGGGCUCACAAUGGCAAGACCUACCUGUUCAGCAGAGGCGAGUUCUGGAGGUUCGAUGAGAGUCGCAAAGAUGGACAGGUGACCACGAGGCCUGAAGCGGGAUACCCACGCGACAACAGCCUCUGGGCAGGAGUGCCCUCCAACAUGGAUGACAUCAUCAGCUGGGGAGGAGGAGAUGCCUACUUCUUCAAGGACAAUCUCUACUGGGUUUUAAAGAACGGGGGUCUGAACCAGGACAUUGUCAUUCCUAAAUCCAUCGCUGUAGACUGGCUCCAGUGUCCCGCUCCACCUUCAACCUCCACCACAGCCAACCCUCGGUUACCAGAGAAGUGCAGCUGUGACCUACGGGACUCCUCCCCAUUUAUGAGAAGCAGCUGGAGCCUAAUGAUAUUUGUUUUUCUAGUUAUUAUUGACUUUAUUAGACCAUAGAAAAGUGAAGCAGUAAACAGAGGAUUAUAUUUAUUUUAUUUAGUAUAUUAUAUUAUUGGGGUGUUAUUGGGUACCCCUGAGCAAGGUACCCAAUUCCCAUUCUUCAUUGUUAAUUGGACAUUUUAAAUUGUCCUCAGUUCAAUUCAGUUCAAUUUUAUUUGUUUAGCACCAAAUCAUAACAUACAGUAUCUCAGGUCUGUACAUAGACAACAUCAUGGAGAGCAGAGAAACACAACAUCUGCCUCAACCUGUGAUGGAGGGUUGCAGCAGGAAGAGCAUGUGGUGAAUUAAAUGUGCAGUGCACCUUGUGGCGAGCAAAAAAAAAAAGGUAUUUUAAUGAUAAUAUAUCCUCUAAAUAAAAUAAAUAAAUGUUGCAUUAAUGCACUUGUUUUUGUCAGAUGGUAAAAUGUUUAAAGAUGAACAUUCUAAAAGUAAUUCAUGUGUUCAUCACAUUUAUCAGUAACUUGAUGAACAGAUGGUGACGCUAAGACAAGCAAGUGACCGCAGGUCACAGCUUUCAACAGGCAAAGAAUAAAUAACUAAAACUUACUUUGUUGUAAGAUUUUAAAAAAUGUAAAAGAAA